CAUAAAUGAGUCAUCAAUUACACAAACUAAAGAAAUGACAAAUAAAUUGUAAGGUUUUUUGAAUUUUCUGUCACACGUCCAUUUUUGGGUUAUAGCUAACGGGUCAAAUUUUUAUUGGAACGCUCUGUGAAGCAUAUACUCUCAAGUUUCUAGUAGUGAGAGAAGAGAAGGGUCUGUUUGAACUUUACAUAUGCAGACCGUUUAGACAAGAGUUUAUGACAGCCUUUCUUAUCAGUUUUGGAUUUUUUCUUCGUCCUCCUAGCUUCAAAAUUUCAAUUCUCUACCAUAAGUAUUCCUGAAUAACUUUUCCGUCGCUUUCGAGUGUUAUUUCACAUUGGUCCUUCGAGCCGGAUAUGGUUUUGCCUGUGAAAGGUAAAACAAUUCUUCCAAAAAAAUCCCAUAUUUCCUUCUUGUUCCUCAGCUACGGCACUAAUUCGAUAUUUUGCAGAUAGCCUACAGACGAAAAUUGGUCAUCGAACCGAAUGUGAAUCAAAACUUGUCCCUGAUAGGAAAAAGGCUCGAUUUGCGACGAAAGCACAUGAAAAAAACCUGCAAACUUCUAGGCUUGGACCGCCAAGGUAACGACAGCCUACACAGGCCCAACCCAUGGGAAUUUCUGGUAGACAAUAAGCACCAUCUCGUCUGGUGCAACGUCUUCAAAGCUGCCAGCACUUCCUGGAUGUACAACUUCAACAUAUUAGCAGGCUACAGUCCUCAGUUCUUGAAGAAGAGCAAACUAGUGCCUAUGACUUUAGCGAGGCAAAGAUAUCCCCGUCCUUCUCUGUUCGCUCUGCGAAAGGCUUUCAACACAUCCAUCUCGUUUUUAAUAGUACGCCAUCCGCUAGAACGACUGCUUUCCGCUUAUCGGGACAAACUCCAAUAUGCUCUGCCACAUACACAUCACAAAAAACUCGGCAACGAAAUCAUCAUGAAGUACAGAUACAGAAGAAAGCAACAGCGCAGCGUCUUCUCCCAAAAAUGGCCGACAUUCCCGGAGUUCGUCGAUUACCUGGUGGAUUCGGUGCGACAGGGCGAACGACUCGACAUGCACUGGAGCCCCAUCGUUGAGUUCUGCACGCCCUGCAUGUUCGACUUCCAGGUGAUCGCCCACACCGAGACCCUGCAGGAGGACCAACAAUACCUCAUCGAAAUGGCGCAUCUAGGCCACCUGAUUCGGCCAGAGUGGAGGAACGCGGGAAAGGGAAACACUGGGAAUCAAGUGGCCAAGUAUUACUCGCAGCUGACGAGGUCGCAGAUUCUGCAGCUGUACCACAUUUACAGGUACGAUUUCGAACUGUUCAACUACUCCAUACAGGGAUAUCUCGAGCUAGGCAUACCAGACAAAGACCCAUCUAACCUUUUGGAUGCAAUAACGAUGAAGGAUUUCCAUCAGAACGAUUCGCCCAAGGUCUAUUGAACGAGGAAGGUAGAAUAAAGCAUACCUGAGUACAAAACGUAUCCGUCUUCAAGGCCCUAUAUCAAACUCAAUGAAUUGUGAUAAAUUAUCGAUAGUUUCCUAGUGCUUAUCUGUACUCGGUGCUUGGAAUUGACUAAUCGAAAUUAUUAACAUGUUAGAAGUUGUUUACCAUAUUAAAAUUCCAGUUACGUAUU